CAUUCUUAAAGUGCCACAGACAGAAUGCGGGUGAAUGUGCAGCGGUGGACGUUGUACGUCUUGUUGUUGAUGUCGGGGGCCCGAGGGAACCAACAAAAUGAGGCUUCUAUUGUAGAAGACCAGAAUAAAAAAGAAGAUAAUGUUAAUUUAGAGUCUGCUUCAAUAUCUGCACAUCCCGAAAUUGCACCAGCCUCUGAGCCUAUUCAGUACAAGACUGCAGAGAUUGCUGAUGCAAUGCAGGCAACUGACAUUCCAACCAACCCAGCAGUGCUACUUUCUAUGGUUCCUAGAGAGGUUAUGGACUUAAAAGUCUCGGAAAGUGAAAGCUCUGUUUGCGACAGCACAAUAGAAGAAGCCGAAUGCAGUGCUUAUGAACAUUUGAAUGAACCUGCAGAUGCGCAAGACAAAGGAAACAGUGAAACUCCUGAGCGAGAUACAGAGCAGGCAAAGGCAGAGGAAAGCAACAACACAGACAGCAGCAAACCUCUCAAAGUCAACUGCGAAGAGCGCAACAUUACAGGAAUAUCAAAUUUUACUGUCAACAUUCUCAACAUUACACAGGAUCUAAUGGAGUUCCUUAAUCCCAAUAGCAGUGAAUGCACGUUGGUAUUGUUCUACACCCCUUGGUGCCGCUUUUCUGCAGGCCUGGCCCCUCAUUUCAAUACUCUGCCAAGAGCGUUUCCUACGUUACAUUUCUUGGCACUAGAUGCUUCACAACACAGCAGCCUUUCAACUCGAUUUGGCACAGUAGCAGUUCCUAACAUCCUGCUGUUUCAAGGGGCCAAACCUAUGGCGAGAUUUAAUCACACUGAUCGGAAGCUGGAAGCGCUCAAGUCUUUUAUAUUUAAUCAGUCAGGUAUAGAAGCAGUGCCUGGGGUGGUAGUUACUGAAGAUGACUGUGAGAGUCCAUUACCCUGUGCUCCAACUGUAGGAAUUGAUUGGCUUCUUGUAUUCUCUGUGAUCUAUGUAACCAUUUUCAUCGUAUAUGCCACUAUGCAGACUGAAAGUAUCCGCUGGCUUAUACCUGGGCAAGAGCAUGAGCAUCAAGAAUGAAACGCUAUCAGACCAUGUCCAUAAAAAGAAGCUAAAACAGGAUGCAUGUGGUCUAAAACCCCAACUUGGCUCCACAGCAUUGGCCUAGUUUUUAUGGUCCGCUGACCCAAAAGGCAUGUGAUUUCAGUGAUGGGUUCUGAAUGUAUCAGAAAUGAUAUCCGCUUACUCCUGACAAAUUAAAAAAACAAAUUCAUGAA